CGCGAAAGGGUACUCAACCGCAUGGGUGAGCUGUGUAGGGACUGGAUUCGAACUGUCUGCAUAAAGAAAGGCUUGUCGACGGACGUAGUGAACGUGGCGGGUGGGCAGUUGUUCACGUCUGGAUCAUACCGACUGGGUGUACACGAACCUGGUGCCGAUAUUGAUACCAUUCUCGUCUCACCGAACGCGUGUCAGCGAAUGGAUUUUUUUGGAACCACGAUACUCUCAACCGUAGAAGGAGAAGAAGGCACUCGCGAUCCAACCAGUCUCGCCGAACGAAUUCGAACACACCCAGACGUGACGAAUUUUGUUCCUGUCGAAUCUGCUGCCGUCCCCAUUCUGACUUUUGAUUGGGAAGGAAUUAACAUCGAUUUGUUAUUUGCUCGUCUCAAUACAGCGUCGGUUCCCCCUGACUUUGAUAUUGAUAACGACGCCGUUUUGGACGGCGCCGACGGGGCGACGGAAAAGUCGCUCAAUGGUCCGCGGGUCACCAACCUCAUUGCUGCCCUCGUGUCGGGCACACCCCAACGGUAUCAAGUAUUUCUAACUGUUGUUCGGUGCGUUCGUAAGUGGGCCAAGGCCCGAGGCCUCUACAGCAACAAAAUGGGCUACUGGGGAGGCGUGAAUAUCAAUAUUGGUGUCGCACUCGUCGUACAGCUGUACCCCAACGCGUGCGGAGCCAGCCUCCUGCGUAAAUUUUUCCUCGUUUUUAAGACAUGGCGCUGGCCGCAGCCACUAUUACUCACGAAACCGCACGACGCGGGCUACGGUCUGCCGGUCUGGAGCGUGGCGACGGCAGUGCGCCAGGUAGCUCCAAUGAUCACUCCAGCCUAUCCUGCUAUGAAUUCGACUCUCGCCGUGUCGCGACAGACGUUGCAAAUUCUACAGGAAGAAUUCAACCGUGGCCACACAGUUGUAGACCAACUAUGGAAAGAUUACCAAAAGAAUCCGGCACAGGAGUUGAACUGGAAUACCUUGUUCGAACCGUCUGAUUUUUUUAUUAACUAU